UUUUUAUAAGCCAAUCCAAACACCCUCUUAAUUCUAUUUGAAACAGAAGUCCAAAUAAUGAGUUGGGAAUUGUUGUCUGGCGUAAACGAUUCGAACUCGAGGUAAAGAAGGGUUGGGUAUUCAUUCUGUCCCUUCCGCUCAAUCUUAUUUGUUGCUUCCAAGAAAUAAAUCUUUAUCUGUAGGCUGUAGCUGUUAGAUGAGGUUCCAUUGGUGUAUUAGUUGUGGCUGGUGAACGGUGAGCCUUGCAACUGUCCAGAAAAGGAAAUAGUGACUGUAUGGCCAGAAUGUCAUCAAGAUGAAGCACAUUCAUAUUCUCUUAUUAUUUUCUACCAUUUAAAUUUAAGGACUCUGUUCAAUAUGAUACCUGAUUUGGGACAGUAUCAUUUUGAUAUCUGACCAAUAAAGGUACGCUCUACACACAAACAAUAUGCUACUUAGUCACUUCUGGGUAAGGGGGCAAUGGAAAGACUACCGUUAAUGCUUAUGAUGAUGUCAAUACUCACUCUAUUUGUUAUUCUGAUUAUGUAUAUGAUACUUGUUUUAUAUUCAGAGACGGUUAAUUAGUGUGCUUAGCUAAAACUGUUACUUUAUAAUUUGUGCCGUCCUUUCUCCAUACGCACUGCUUUCUUGGAUUAUGAAUAUUUAAGAAGUCAAAUUUUAUGUGCCGAAUGUAUCUUCACCCCUUUGUCAAAAGGCUGAGGUCUUUGCUUUUAUCUAACUCAGGCAUGGUAGAUUUUCUCCAUGUGCUUCAGUCGUGCAUCUUUAUUUGAAGACACAUAACCCCCCCAACCCCCAACCAACAACCAAAUCAGAAAGUUUUAACGCUUUCUAUCAACGAGCAUGCAUUGUUUUGCGCACUUAUUCGCUGAUUGUCCUUUCUUUGGUGCUCCUUUGCAUGGUUUUUCCCCAAAGAAAUUUAACCACAUCUGUCUAGUUCUAGACAGAGUGGUGUUAAUCCUUAUUAAGAAAAGAAUAGACGGAGUGGUGUUAAUAUUUCCUGGUCUUAUUUCCUCGGAUCUCAUGGACAUUUUUUAUUCAUCUUUUUCAGUUAACGUUGGGUGUAGUGGAUACCCGAUAAGCAACACAGUGAAUGGACACCCAUCUGCUGCAAUUCGCCCCACCAAAAGAGUCCGGGAUGCUGAACCAAACUAUAGCCAGCAAAAGCUUAAGAUAUCCUUGAAUAACAACUUUUGUCAGAAUGAAGUGGAUCAAGCUGGAAGCAUUUUGAAUCCAAAUACUGUAUCAACUGGACUCAGACUUUCUUAUGAGGAAAAAGAACGUAAUUCCUCAGUCACUUCUGCUCCUGAGAACAUGAAAGCAGCCCUUCCUGCUUUUCUUCCGAUAGACAGUGGUUUUAAAUGUGAGAUUGACAGGCAAAGAGAAGAAUUUGAUCGGUACAUAAAAGUGCAGGAAGAUAAUAUGAUGAAGGGCAUGAGGGAGUUGAUUCAUCGACAGACAGUAUCUUUACUGAACUCCUUGCAAAAAGAAGUUAACAAGAGAUUAUACGAGAAAGAUCUUGAAAUAGACAAUUUGAACCGCAAGAACAAGGAACUUGGGGAGAGAAUAAAGCAGAUUACUGUAGAAGCUCAAUCAUGGCAUUACAGAGCAAAGUACAACGAGUCGGUUGCCAAUGCCCUGAAAAGCAAUAUUCAGCAGGCCAUGGCCCAUGGUUCCAUGCAAGUUCAGGAAGGCUGCGGAGAUAGUGAAGUAAAUGAUGCUGCCUCAAGUACAAACCAUCUUGGUUUGGCAAGCGGUUCGCAAGACCAAGUGCCCCAAAUACAGCAGCUAAAAUGCAGAGCUUGCAAGAGUAAAGACGUCAGUGUCUUGUUAUUUCCAUGCAGACACUUGUGCCUUUGUAAAGAAUGUGAAGGGUUUAUUAAUAGUUGCCCAGUAUGUCAGGUAAUGAAGACUGCAAGUGUUCAAGUUUACAUGUCAUGAAGAUGUUUACGAACACUUGCAAUCAUCAUCAUCUUUGUGUUAAGGGAGGAAUGUUUAAUUUAAGAACUGGUUGUAAUGUUUAUUACAAUCAUGAAUUGUGCAUUUCUUAACUAUAUGAAUACAGUACAGAUGAAACGAGGAUGGUCUUUUUUCUGGAU